AUGGGUAAUCAUUGGAGAUUUUAUGAUCUCUUAUAUCAGUAUGAGAAACGAGGAGGAAAUCCCCAUCCAGACAGCUUGCUAUGGGGCUUUGGAGAAACUAUUGAGGAGUGUGGUUUGACACAAUUACCAAUGUCUGGAUAUCCCUAUACUUGGGAGAAGGGAAAAGGCACGCCAAACUGGAUAGAGGAACGAUUGGAUAAGGUUUUGGCUACUCAAACCUGGAGAGAGUUGGUGGCUGAUGCAAAUGUGCAGAAUAUAUUAACCCGGAAAUCAGAUCAUUCUUUCCUUUUCAUUGGGAUUCUCAAUCUUCGGGGAAGGAGGGGUGUUCUGAGAAGGGGUUUUCGUUUUGAGAUGGCAUGGCUACAUGAUGAGGGGUGUAGGGAAGUGGUGGAAAAAUCCUGGGGCGAAGGAAGAAGUAGGGGGUUGCAGGAGUGUGAGGAUACGUACUGGAGACAGAGGGCCAAACAGCAUUGGCUCAAGGAUGCAGAUGCAAACACCAGGUUUUACCACAGGUAUGCUUCUCAUCGAAAGAAAAAGAAUGUUAUUACUAAAGUUAUGAAUAAUGAUGGGGAUUGGAUUGAGGGGGAUGCCAUGAGGAAUGUAAUCUUGGAUUAUUAUCGUGGUAUUUUUAACUCGAGUUCUCCUACUGUUAAUGAUGAUUUCUUUGGGAGUAUACAAUCACGUGUAACAGGCACACAGAAUGAGAGUUUAUUGCGCCCAUUUGAAGAGAGUGAGGUUAAAUCUGCAUUGUUUUCAAUGUAUCCUGAUAAAGCACCAGGCCCGGAUGGUAUGAACCCUGGGUUUUAUCAGCACUUUUGGGAUGUAAUGGGUACUGAUGUUUCUUCUUAUAUUUUGAAUUGUGUGAAUACUUGCUCAAUGCCUGAUAAAUUGAAUGAAACAAACAUUAUUUUGAUCCCCAAGAAGAAAACCCCGGAAAUGGUUUCUGAUUAUAGGCCAAUUGCGUUGAGUAAUGUCGUUUACAGAGUUAUGGCGAAGAUGAUUACAGCCAGGAUGAAACCACUAAUGGAGAAUAUUAUAUCUGAGUCCCAGAGUGCAUUUAUAUCUGGAAGGCUAAUUACAGAUAAUAUCUUGAUAGCUGCGGAAGUUGGCCAUUAUUUGAACAGCAAGCAAUGUGGACUAACAGGUUGGGGGGCUUUAAAGCUGGAUAUGGCUAAGGCUUACGACCGUAUGGAAUGGUCUUUUUUGCAAAGGAUGCUAAGGGCACUGGGAUUUGAUGAAAGAUGGAUAGAGUUAUUGAUGAUGUGUGUAACCACUGUGUCUUACAGUGUACUGGUAAAUGGUUCAAGGACUGAUCAAAUAACCCCGACUCGUGGUUUAAGGCAAGGUGAUCCCCUGUCACCUUAUUUGUUCAUUAUUGGUGAUGAAGGGCUUUCAAUAUUAUUAAAACAGGCACAUGCAAAGGGAGAGAUACAUGGCUGUAGAGUGGCUAGAGGAGCUCCCUCCAUUACCCACUUAUUCUUUGCUGAUGAUAGUCUGCUUUUUUUCAAAGCAAAUAUUCAAGAGGCGGGUGUGGUUAAACGUUGUUUGUCGGAAUAUGAAAAGAUGUCUGGCCAGGCAGUUAACUAUCACAAAUCGAAUAUUUGUUAUAGUAAAAAUACACGAGGUGAAAUAAGGAAGGAGAUUGCCGAUAUAUUGGGAGUUGUGCAGGCGCAGAAUUUUGGAAAAUAUUUGGGGCUUCCAUCAUUUGUGGGCAGGAAUAGAAAAGUGGCGUUCUCUUAUAUUGAAGAUAAGAUAAGGCAGAGGAUUAACUCGUGGAAUAAGAAACUUUUGUCACAGGCAGGAAAAGAAGUUUUAUUGAAAAGUGUGGCUCAAUCUAUGCCUACCUUUUCGAUGAGCGUUUUUCUACUCCCUACGACUCUGUGCACUGCCAUUGAGCGAACCAUGAAUCGAUACUGGUGGAGAUCGAGAGAUGACCAAGGUAUUCAUUGGAAAGCUUGGGAUAAACUGUGUAUCCCAAAAGAAUAUGGAGGAUUGGGAUUCAAAGAGUUGCGAGCCUUUAACCUUGCAAUGUUGGGCAAGCAAGCGUGGCGCUUUCUGACACAGCCACAAUCAUUGGUUUCAAGAGUUUAUAAAGCCAGGUACUAUCCUACUAAUUCUUUCUAUGAAGCAUGCUUGGGAAAUAACUCAAGUUUUUGUUGGCGAAGUAUUAUGGCGGCACAAGAUUUGAUUUGUGGAGGGGUUAGGCGCAGGAUUGGGGAUGGCAAAUCAACUUUGAUUUGGGACCAUCCAUGGUUGCAAGAUGUGAGUCAGCCGAAAAUAUUAACAGAAAAACCACCCCAAUUGGCACAGGCAAAGGUGAUGGGACUGAUGGAUCAACAGACAGGAAACUGGGAUCAGGAUAUUCUAACUGAUAUUUUUGACCCUGAGGAUGUAGAGCGAAUUUUAAAAAUACCCGUGUCACCAGAUUAUGAGGAUUUGUGGUAUUGGUAUGGGGACCCAAAAGGAGAAUAUUCGGUUAAAAGUGGCUAUAGAACAAUAGUAGUGGCACUCUUAUAUUAUAUUUGGCGUGCAAGGAAUGGGGCUGUAUGGGAUGCGACCUUGCCCAGACCUCAGAAGAUAAUUGCAAUGGCAUCAUCAGCUGUGAACGCUUGGAAAGUAGCCCAUCCCGGUCUGCGUCCGCCGGCCACCUCCGCGGCAUCAAGCAGCCGGACUGCUCCCGUGGUGGACACCCACACUGCUACGACGGUCCCUUCGGCAACAACCAAUACUAUUGCUGUGCCGACUACACCACAGUUGCCAACGCCGAACAUGGUACACCAAGCCACGCAAAACAUGAGGGAUCAAUGUUACUUUGAUGCGGCGUACGACCCACAGACAAACAAAGCAGCGGUGGGAGCCAUUAUUCUAAAUUGGCAAGGACAUUAUGUUUUGGCUAUGACUGCCCCUAUGAUAGACUGUUUUUCGCCCCUAAUGGCGGAGGCCUUUGCAUGCAAGGAAGUUUUGUCGUGGCUAAGAAGUCGCGAAAUAAAGUCUAUCGAGCUCUUCACGGAUUGUUUGGUGCUUCAACAAUAUUUAUCAUCUAUGACACACUCGUCAAGAUCGUACUUGGGUUAUGCCAUUGAUAGUUGCAGGACUAGUAUAUUAUCUUUUGAUUAUUGUUUACUUCAUUAUGUUCCUAGACUAGAUAAUUAUUUAGCUCAUACUCUAGCAUCUACUGCAAUUACUCAGUCAACUAGUAUGUACUCGGACUAUGAUCCACCAGCAUCUAUUUUUGCAUAUUUUGAAUAA